AAUAAUGAUAACUUUCUGAUCUCCCCCUUUUUUAAUCUGCCAAAUCUCUUUUCAUAAGCAGAUAUUUUUCAUCAAUCACUUCAUUCACAUUCACAUUAGCUGAAGAAACCCUGAGUAAUCUGUAUGGCAUAUAAAAACAUCUUGUCUAAAGACUUUAUGUGCUAAAGAAGGAAAGUUUUUAUAUGAUGGGUAAUCUUGGGAGUGAAAUACUGUCACUUGUUUACAAUUCAAGGUGGUAUAGUAUGAUGAUAUCUUCAGAUUCUUGGCUCACAACUCUCAAAUGUUCACCUUCAAAUACCAACAUAAUUGAGCCUUCAGAUACCUUCAUGCAAGUACUUCAAUGGCUAAGAUUCAUUUUUUUCUCUCCAUGUCCUCAAAGACUUGUUUUAUCAUCCAUAAAUUUCUUGUUUCUAUUGAUUUUGAUCUUAUUUGUUGUUCAAAGGCUCAUUUCCAAGUUCAACUCUAGGAGAAAUCCCACUUCAACAAUCAAUAAACCUCUUUUAGAAACACAUAAUAAUAAAAUACUUCAUGUUAAGAUUACUAUAUGGUUCAAAUUAUCUUUGAUUUCAGCUGCUUUCCUUGCUGUUUUAUACUUUGUAUUGAGUAUAUUACUCUUGAUGGGAAGUAAAGGAAGCUCGAAAUCAUGGCAAUGGAUAGAGGUUAUCUUUAGGAUUGCUCAAGCCUUAACCCAAGUGGCAGUAUUUGUUCUUGUUGCUCAUGAACAAAGAUUUCAUGCCAUUAAACAUCCUAUAUCUCUUAGGAUUUAUUGGGUUGUGCAAUUUGUCCUUGUAUUCGUGUUCUGUGUUUCGGGUUUAACUCGAUUUUUUUCGGUUCAUCAAAAAGUGGAUUCAUAUAUGAGAAUGGAUGAUGUGUUUUCUUUGAUUGGUCUUCCAUUUUCCCUGUUCCUGCUAAUUGUUGCCUCUCAAGAAACUUCUGGAAUUAUUGUGAUUAGAGAACCUGAAGAUGGUUUAGAUACAAGAGCACAAUUAGAUGAACCCAUUGUGGAUGAUCCUAAUAUGAGUGAUUAUGGGGCAGCAAACAUCUAUUCUAAAGCUACAUGGCUUUGGAUGAACACUGUGAUAAAUAAAGGGUACAAAAAUCCAUUAAAGAUCGAUGAUGUUCCUUCGCUUCCUGCUGAUCAUCUAGCUGAGAGAAUGUCGGAGCUCUUCGAGUCAAAUUGGCCUAACCCGGGUGAACAUACAAAGCACGCAGUAGCACUUACCUUAUUCAAGUGCUUUUGGAAGGAAAUUGCCUUCACUGGAUUUCUAGCACUGAUAAAGCUUGGUGUGAUGUAUGUUGGUCCAGUACUUAUCCAAAGCUUUGUUAGUUUUACUUCUGGAAUGGGAAGCUCCCCUUAUGAAGGAUAUUACCUAGUGCUAACCCUUUUAGUUGCCAAAAUAGCUGAAGUACUAAGUUCACAUCAUUUUAACUUUCACUCUCAGAGAAUCGGGUUACUAAUUAGGUCCACCCUUAUAACUGCAUUAUACAGAAAGGGGUUGAAACUAUCUUGCUCUUCGAGGCAGAAUCAUGGUGUUGGUCAGAUAGUGAAUUAUAUGGCAGUUGAUGCUCAGCAGCUAGGUGAUCUUAUGAAUCAGUUGCAUUCCAUUUGGCUGAUGCCACUGCAACUUUUGGCUGCCUUGGUCUUGCUAUACUUGUACAUGGGUGUUUCAACGAUGGCAGCACUCAUCGGAAUUGUUGUUAUAUUAGCUUUUGUGGUAAUACGUACAAAAAAGUGCAAUGUUUUUCAAUACCAAGUCAUGAGGAACAGAGACUCGAGGCUUAAGGCGAUGAAUGAAAUGAUAAAUAAUAUGAGGGUGAUAAAGUUUCAAGCAUGGGAAGACUAUUUUCUGCAAAGAAUUCAAUCUUUUCGCAAACUUGAGUAUGAUUGGUUAUCCAAAUUUGCAUAUACUGUUGCUGCCAAUAUGACUGUGCUUUGGAGCGCGCCUCUUGUGCUUUCCGUGCUUGUGUUUGGGGUUGCAACUUGGAUGGGAGUGUAUCUUGAUGCUGCCACUGUAUUCACGGCAACUACAAUAAUGAAGAUCCUGCAGGAGCCAAUCAGGAACUUCCCUCAGUCUUUGAUACAAAUUUCUCAGGCAAUGAUUUCACUUGGAAGAUUAGAUGGUUACCUGAUGAGCCCAGAAUUGGAUGAAGGGGCAGUAGAGAGAGUCGAAGGGUGUGAAGAUGACAUUUCCGUUGAAGUGAAACAAGGGAGCUUCUCUUGGGAAGAUGAGGCAACUGAAGAAACCUUGAAAGGGUUGAAUCUUCAGGUUAAGAAAGGGCAACUGGCCGCCAUCGUUGGGACUGUUGGAUCUGGAAAAUCUUCAGUACUAGCUGCCAUUCUUGGUGAAAUGCACAAAACCUCUGGAAAGGUUAGAGUGUGUGGUUCCACUGCAUAUGUGGCACAAACAUCAUGGAUACAGAAUGCAACAAUUCAAGAAAACAUUCUAUUUGGACAGCCAAUGAACACAGAGAAAUACAAGGAAGUUAUUAGAGUUUGUAGCUUGGAAAAGGACUUGGAAAUCAUGGAAUUUGGUGAUCAGACGGAGAUUGGAGAGCGCGGGAUCAACUUGAGUGGUGGCCAGAAGCAAAGGAUACAACUUGCCAGAGCAAUUUAUCAGGAUUGUGAUGUAUAUCUUCUCGAUGAUAUUUUCAGCGCUGUUGAUGCACAUACUGGUUCCGAGAUAUUCAAGGAGUGCGUAAGGGGAGCUCUCAAAGAUAAAACCAUUCUUCUUGUAACCCAUCAAGUUGAUUUCUUGCAUAAUGCUGAUCAUAUAUUUGUGAUGCGAGAUGGAAUGAUUGUACAAUCAGGAAAAUACAAUGAGCUUCUAGAAGCAGGUUUGGAUUUUGGUGCUCUUGUUGCCGCCUAUGAAAAUUCCAUGGACCUUGUGGAGAUGAGCACACAACCGUCCGAUGACCAAUCAGAAGAAACUCCUAAGUCUCCAAUCAGCAAAAGCAAAUCACUAGAAAGAGUCAAGUCUGAGAAGAAAGAACUGAAGAAAUCCGAAUCUCAAAAGGGUACUUCUAAGCUCGUUGAAGAUGAGGAAAGAGAAACUGGACGGGUUAGCCUAGAAGUAUACAGGCAGUAUUCUACUGAAGCUUUCGGGUGGUGGGGAGUGGCUGCAGUGAUAUUAGUUUCUCUCUUUUGGGUUGCAUCGUUAAUGGGUAGUGAUUAUUGGCUAGCAUAUGAGACUUCAGAAGAUCACACUUUUACUCCUCGCUUGUUCAUUUUUGUUUAUGCAAUUGUUGGUGUCAUAUCCUGUCUCUUUGUGAGUGCGCGAGCCUUGCUUAUUACAUUUUUGGGACUUAAAACUGCUCAGAGCUUCUUCAACCAGAUCCUUGACAGCAUCCUCCAUGCUCCUAUGUCAUUUUUUGACACUACUCCUUCCGGAAGAAUUCUGAAUCGAGCAUCAACAGAUCAAACCAAUGUUGAUCUCUCAAUCCCAUUAUUCUUGGGCAUGACAAUUGUAAUGUAUUUCAAUUUGCUGAGCAUUGUGGUGGUUACAUGCAUAUAUGCUUGGCCUACAAUUUUCCUCAUCAUUCCCUUGACAUGGGUGAAUCUUUGGUAUCGGGGGUACUACCUAGCAAACUCACGUGAGCUGACUCGUUUAAGUUCCAUCACAAAAGCCCCUGUCAUCCAUCAUUUCUCAGAAACAGUUUCAGGUGUUAUGACAAUUCGCUGCUUUAGGAGGCACGCAUUGUUUAGUAAGCAGAAUAUUGACAAGGUGAACGUGAACCUUAAGAUGGAUUUCUAUACCAAUGGAGCGAAUGAGUGGUUAGGCUUCCGCUUAGAGUUCAUUGGAAGUGUAGUCCUUUGUAUUGCCACUUUGUUCAUGAUUAUCUUGCCCAGCAGCAUCAUCAAGCCAGAGUAUGUGGGUCUGUCUCUUUCAUAUGGGCUUCCACUCAAUGGUGUCCUAUUUUGGACUAUAUAUAUGACUUGCUUUGUUGAGAAUAAAAUGGUCUCCGUUGAGAGGAUAAAACAGUUUAUCACACUCCCCUCUGAAGCAGCAUGGGAAAUUAAAGAGUGCCUACCUUCACCAAACUGGCCAAAUCAUGGACACAUUGAACUAAAGGACUUGCAAGUGAGGUAUCGGUCAAACACCCCACUUGUUCUGAAAGGCAUCACAAUUGGCAUAAGAGGAGGUGAGAAAAUUGGGGUUGUUGGUCGCACCGGGAGUGGAAAGUCUACCCUUAUUCAAGUAUUCUUCAGGCUUGUUGAGCCUUGUGGAGGAAAGAUAGUUAUUGAUGGUGUCGAUAUCUGCAAGAUGGGCCUCCAUGAUCUAAGGUCUCGCUUUGGGAUCAUUCCACAAGAGCCAGUACUUUUUCAAGGAACAGUCAGAAGCAAUGUGGAUCCACUUGGUCUAUAUUCUGAGGAAGAAAUAUGGAAGAGCCUAGAGCGCUGCCAACUUAAGGAUGUCGUUUCUGCAAAGCCAGAAAAGCUUGAUGCUCCAGUGGCGGAUGGAGGAGAAAAUUGGAGUGUUGGUCAGAGACAGCUUAUGUGCUUGGGAAGAGUCAUGCUCAAGAAAAGCCGGAUUUUGUUCAUGGAUGAAGCAACCGCUUCUGUCGACUCUCAAACAGAUGCUACGAUUCAAAAAAUUAUUAGAGAAGAUUUUGUAAGCUGUACAAUAAUCACUAUUGCUCACAGAAUACCCACUGUUAUGGACUGUGACAGAGUAUUAGUCAUUGAUGCAGGAUGGUCUAAGGAAUUCGAUACACCAUCUAGGCUACUCGAGAGGCCCUCACUCUUUGGGGCACUGGUUCAAGAGUACUCCAAUAGAUCGUCUGAGCUAUAAGUGAGCUUCGAGUAUUCGGUUCAAGAUUCAAUAAGUACUCAUGGUUCCCGAAUUAGCCUGGAUGAAAAAGUCUACAGUACCACAAGUUUGACAGGAAUUUGGAAGUUGGAUUCCUAAUUUUGGCUAGUUUUGUGAAGAAUAUGAAUCAAUUAGUACUUUAGUAGGAAAAUGACAUGUUUAUAUUUUGUUAGAUUACCCCCCCCCCCCCCUUCCAUUUUGCUGUCUCUUUUGAGGGUUGUUGAAGAAUAGUUACUUGUUCAUUGUGGUUGAUCAUUUGACCACUAAUGUGAUAGGAGUAGGCAAAAGAGGUACUAGUUGAGGCCUGUUCAUGACCUUUUUCAACUUUUUUUUUUUUACUUCCUUUGAUAUAAUAAGUUAAGGGUGAGUUUAUCAUUGGUCUAAACACAAACUUUUGUCAAUACUUUGUCCAUCCAUAUUUCAAGAGGUGAUAUACUGAUAUGUUAGAGCAGUGCUAACCCCGAAA